AUGCCCUUCGCUACAGAUAUUCUGAGUGACCCUUCGGUCCCAGCCUCUGCUAGACAGCAAGCUCUCAACCGCAUCCAUUCCGACCCAGGCAUCCCCCAGACUUUGACGACCUCGUCCUUCUGGACUCUGUCUCCACACGACUUCAGCCAGGGAGCUGCAAAGUUUCUACCCAAGGAAGCUGAUAUUGUUAUUAUCGGAUCUGGUGUUACAGGAGCAUCCAUUGCACGAACCUUGCUCCAGAACCGCGCUUCAAACUCCUCUUCUGGCUCCCAUCCAUCUAUUGUCAUGCUCGAGGCUCGCACAGUUUGCAGUGGUGCAACCGGCCGCAAUGGAGGUCACAUCCUGGAGACAGCAGAUGAGUAUUGCGAAUUCGCUGAUGUCUUUGGCGAUGAUGCCGCGCGUAAGCUUCUCCGCUUCCGACUGGGCCAUCUGGAGGAGAUGCUCGCUGUCGCAGAAGAGCUUGGAAUCACUACAGAGGCGCAAGCACGGAAGGUCCAGUUCCUGAGCGUUUACUUCGGCGAAGAGCCUUGGAAGGCGGCGUUAGAGCGAAUGCACCGUUUCAAGGAAGGGAUGCCAGAGGAAGCUGCUGAGUGGAAGUCCUACGAGGGAGACGAUGUCCUAAGUGACUUCCAUUUGGCUCGUGCCCGAGGCGUCAUCGCCGGCCCCGCAGGCGCCCUUUGGCCCUACAAAUUCGUUACCGGUGUCCUCAAUCGUCUCCUUGAAGACUUCCAGGAUGAUUUCCGCGUCGAGGAAAAUACACCCGUGACCGCUAUCCACGACGAGACUUCCACCACCGGUCCGAGAUACAAGGUCGAAACAAGCAGAGGCACUAUCACCGCCCGCCACGUUAUCCACUGCACGAAUGCCCAUGUCAGCCACCUGGUACCCGGCUUCCGGGGUCGAAUCUUCCCCGUGCGCGGACAGAUGUCCGCUCAAACUCCCGGUGACAACUUCCCCAACCAAGCAGCGGAUCAUUCCUGGCUAUUUAACUACGACCGCGGGUUUGACUACAUGACCCAGCUACCGGCGGGGCAAAUGAUGCUCGGCGGAGGAUUUGCGCAGGCCGAAGCCGGCGGUCUAGCGGAUCUAGGCGUCUCAACGGACUGCGAUCUUAGUCUCUACAUUGACAUCCACUUGUCUGGGGCCCUGCGUGCUAUCUUCGGAGGCAAAGACUGGGGCAGCGUGCAAGGCGACGCAGUGCAGGCGAUGUGGACUGGUAAUAUGGCGUUCAGCUCCGAUGGGUUCCCCUGGGUAGGACAGUUGCCUGGAGCUGUGACAGGUCGGUCCGAGCAUGGGUCUGAAGGGGCCGAGUGGGUUUGUGCUGCAUUUGGUGGGGAAGGUAUGGUUCAGGCUUGGCUUAGUGGUAAAGCGGUGGCGACUAUGUUGCUAGCGCAGGAUGCUUCGCUGAGUGAGAAUGUCAGUGCGGAUCUUUCGUGGUUCCCUGAGCAGCUGCUCGUAUCGGAGGCGAGGUUUGCUGAGGCUGUUUUGCCGAAAGAAGUCAAUGAUGACGUGCAUAAGGCGAAUCUUUAG